UCGAGUCAAAAGGGGGUGGGAGAGCAACUGACAGGCUGAGUGAGAGCUGGGAGGAGUGGGCAGCGGAGGAGGCAGCCGGGAACCCAGGACCAGAGAAGCCUGUGGAAAUUCCAGAGAGAAGGACUGGGGAGAAGAAUAUCAUGUCCCCGCUGUGCGCUGAGCCGGCUGGCCUGCCACUCACUGUCGCUGUCAGAGGCAAGAGGCUGGUGAAGAUCCAGAGGGGAAGAGGGGAGAGGUGUCACUGAAGGUCCCCUUUCCUCCUGGGUACAGGAAGUCCUGGUGGCUGUCUCCUGCUGAGUCAGGAUGGGUGACUGGAGCUUCCUGGGAGAGUUCCUGGAGGAAGUACACAAGCACUCUACAGUGAUCGGCAAGGUCUGGCUCACCGUCCUCUUCAUAUUCCGCAUGCUGGUGUUGGGCACGGCUGCCGAGUCAUCCUGGGGGGAUGAGCAGGCCGACUUCCAAUGUGAUACCAUGCAGCCCGGCUGCGGGAACGUCUGCUACGACCAAGCCUUCCCCAUCUCGCAUAUCCGCUACUGGGUGCUACAGAUCAUUUUCGUGUCCACGCCAUCGCUGGUGUACAUGGGCCAUGCCAUGCACACGGUGCGUAUGCAGGAGAAGCGGAAGCUGAGGGAGGCUGAGAGGGCCAAAGAGGUCCGGGCCACUGGCUCUUAUGAGUACCCAGUGGCUGAGAAGGCAGAGCUGUCCUGCUGGGAGGAAGUGAACGGGAGGAUUGUCCUCCAGGGCACUCUGCUCAACACCUAUGUCUGCAGCAUUCUGAUUCGCACGACCAUGGAGGUAGCCUUCAUUGUGGGUCAGUACCUCCUCUACGGGAUCUUCCUGGACACCCUGCAUGUCUGCCGCAGGAGUCCCUGUCCCCACCCAGUCAACUGUUACGUAUCCCGGCCCACAGAGAAGAAUGUCUUCAUCGUCUUUAUGCUGGCUGUGGCGGCGCUGUCCCUCUUCCUCAGCCUGGCUGAGCUCUACCACCUGGGCUGGAAGAAGAUCAGACAGCGCUUUGUCAGAUCUCGGCAGGGCACAGCCGAGUGUCAGCUUCCUGGCCCCUCUGCCGGCAUGGUCCAGAACUGCACACCACCCCCUGACUUCAAUCAGUGCCUGGAGAACGGUCCUGGGGGCAAAUUCUUCAAUCCCUUCAGUAACAAGAUGGCUUCACAGCAGAACACCGAGAACCUGGCCACCGAGCAAGUGCAAGGCCAGGAGGCGAUUCCUGGGGAGGGCUUCAUUCACAUCCAUUACGGCCAGAAGCCUGAGGUACCCAAUGGGGCCUCCCCGGGUCACCGCCUUCCCAUUGGCUAUCCAAGUGACAAGCGCCGUCUCAGCAAGGCCAGCAGCAAGGCCAGGUCAGAUGACCUAUCAGUGUGACCCUCUAGUACUGGGGGGGAAUCCAGGACCAGGUGGGAACAGAGGAAGCUCACAGAGGGAAGAUGUGUCCUUAUCAACCCCAUCUCUCAUUCUCAUAUCUGCUCUGUUCCUUUUGGGCUUUAGGUCUCCAUGGCAUUGCUCAUUUAUUCCAGAAGGUAGGACCAGACCUCUUCGAGUGCAGGCAGUGACACGGUUACCUACCCCAGCUGCUGUCCUUUCCCAUCCUCUACCCAGUGUACAUAGAAGGUUUUCAGAUUCUUUGGUCAAGAGAAAGAAAAGGGAACAGCGAUAAAGGUAGCCACAGGAGGGAUAGCCAGAAGAACAAAAUGGCUCUCUACAUACCAACCACAUACCAGAUGGGUUCUCCAAGUCUCUAUGGAUUCCUUGACCUGAUCGCCCUUCUUCUUGCAAGGAAAAACCCAAAGAUCCCAGCCAAUAAAGAGCAUCAAUCAAAGACCUUCCAUUAGAUGUGGUCUUGAAUCUGUUGUCUCCAUGGGUCAAAACUUGCAGUGAUGUUAGGGCUGCCCUGGGCGGCCUUCCCUGUACCCAGUCUUACUUAAAAAGAGGUCCUUGGAACUUGACCAGCAGCCUCAACUUUACAAGUGUUUUGGUAGGUACCUCUGGCAAAUGUCCUACCUUAGUGAAGCCGCAGCCUUUACUUCUGCCAGGGUGACAACUAGCUCAUGGGGGUGCAAACUCCCCCAGGGAGUGACUAUAUACACAGGCUCCACUGGAAUCCCUGCCACCACCUGUCAUCCUGCAGCUCUUUACAGCUCAACCCGAUGAUAGAAACCAUCCCAUCCCUUCCUUGGCUCUUCACCCAGUGCUCCCCUAAAGAUCUUAUCGACCCGAGUGCCCAAGAAGCCGUCGUCCUCUCUCAGAUCCGGACCAGAUCACCAGCCACAAGGGCCAAUGGAAUUUCUCUAGGUCUUAUUAAAACAAAGAGGGCAUUGUGCUUCUCAAAUUCCCUUUGGGAAAAAAUAAUUCUGCUGUGAAGAUAAAAAUAAAAAAAGAGAGAAAAUACUGGAAAACUAUUUCCCCCUAUUUAUUUCCCUUUCUGACUGCCAACUUAGAGUGCCAAGAGGAGGCAUGAUGACAGCUAUGGAGCCCCCAGAUCUCAAUCUCCCUGGAGGGCUUAGCAGGGGCAAGGAAGCAGUAAGGGAAUCUCCAGCUCUCUUGGCAGGGGCCUCUUUUAAGAGCACAGUGAUUUCUAUGUCCCCCUGGUGCUCCUAAUGAGACAGCUAGAAAGCAGUGGUGACUGUGGACUGUGGAAAAGUCCUGCCUUCCCAGGGACUGGCCUGGUUUCUCUGUUCAGUCCAUCCAUAAUGGGCGGUUGCCAUUAUGGAUGAAGGUAAAGGAUGCUCAGAAUUGGAUACUGAGACUUACAG